UUUUUCCCAGCCCAGCCCAGCCCACUUGCCCUCAAACCCUUCUCUUCUCCUUCCUCUCUCGACGUCGCUCUCGCUCACGGCUCACCCUCGCUGCCUCUCGCUCUCUGCCUCCUCUUCUCUUGCUCGUCCGCUCGUGCUUGCCCGCGCUCUCUGCCUCUCUCUUGCUCUCGCUCGGGCUCGGCCUCGGCCCCUCUCGCUCUCGCUCUCGCUCGCCCUCUUUCUCUGCCUGACUGCCUCUCUCUUGCUCUCGCUAUCCCUCGCCUCCACGCUCGCUCGGCCAGUCGGUUUCGCCCUCUUGCCUCUCUGCCUGACUGCCUCUCUCUUGCUCUCGCUCGCCCUCGCCCCCACGCUCGCUCGGCCAGUCGGCUUCGCCCUCUUGCUCGCGGCCCUCUGAUUCAGGUCUUCGUUUUACCCCCCCAAACUUCUAGAUUUGCUUCAUUCGAGGCCAGGUUUCUCACUCUUCUAAUUCCCGAGUUCAUUCAAAGAUCAAAGUGGCAUACCUUUUUCUUUCCCCCAAAUACAGGAGGUCUGAUUUGCAUGCUUCCUGAGUUUUCUGCUUCAGUUCCUAUACAUGGCUGCCGAUUCCUGCAUUUCAAGUUCAAGAUAUACGUAUACUCAUGAUGAUCACAAAGGCCCUAUUGAAGCCAUCAAUGUCCACCAUGUGUUUGUUCGAAAAACCAAAGGAAACACUUUUCUUGUAUACUUCUCUUCCCUUCUUCUCAUUACAACUGGGGUCUCUCUCUUUCUUCUUAAGCAGGACGAAUCAGCUUCUGUACUUCUUUGGACCUUAUUUUUAAGUGCAGCUCUUGUCAAAUUAUUUCUUUGGAAGUCUGUUGAGAAAGAGUCCAUCAUAAUUAUGCCUGCUUUUGGUAUCCAACUAGAAACUCACUACACCAGUGGAAAGAUAAUUCACCAUUUCAUUCCCAUUGACAAGAUUUUGAAGCCUGUCCUGACUGAAUGUGUGACCCCUGUCACUUGUUACUGGAGUCUGUCUCUGAUUGUGCGUGAAAAAGAAGAGCUUGUGUUAGUUUUCAAGGAACUUCGCCCUCCUGUUAAAAUGUUGAUCCCAAUCUGGAAAGCUCUAUGCGAUGCUACCAACAGCCUGGGGACCCUAGCUCCAUCUGGAUAAACAAUCACUGUUAUUGAAUCUCUCUGAAUCAAGAGCGACGAUGGGUUACACACUAUCCAGGACAGUUCCUUGUCAAUGUUAAGCUGUGCUAGCGAUUCUCUUCAAGUGAGAUAUUGGACAUGUUUCGAGAUAAUGCAUCACAGGAGGAAUACAUCACAUAUAUGGUAUCUGCUGGUAAACCUUAUUCUCUUUUGGCCAAUGCACUCCAAACAACUUCGUAGCCAUGUGAAAUUUCAUCCUUGUGAAUGCAUAUUAGCAUGCACCUAACUAAUGGGUAAUUGCUGCUGUUGUGCGUGAAAUUCAGUGGCUUCUUCUUUCUUUGUAAUUUUUUUCCAACUCAAGUAACAAUUUCUUGGUAAUUCUUUCUGCACCCGGGGGGGGGGGGGGGGGAGGAAAUUGAUGUUCCAAUAACCUUUCACUAAAGCUAUCUUCACAUGUAACAGAACUUUUGCAUCAAAUUUCUAAAUCCUGUUCUUGAUAGCUGAAGGAGCCGUUGAUCCAUUGCAAUUGUUUAUCGUUUACAAUCUUAUAAAGCAAGUGUUUAUAAUUUCUCACGUGUACGAAUUCUGUGUAUAAGUAGCC